GGCCUGGGUGUCUCCUGUGGGGGAGAGCGGUCAUCAGAGAGGUCACCCAUGGUCCUCCUCCUUUUCCUCCCCUUUGCCCCUCUCUGAAGUUCCUCAUUUCUUUCUGGGCCAGGAGAAGGCUUUGCCACCCUGGCACUGCCAGACAUGGAGGGAAGAUGUGUCAAGGAGGUAGGAGUCAAGUGUGUCGCUCCUGCUGUGGUGCGUGGACUCAGUUCUUCAGGUGUUCGCGGUUGAACCGAGCUGUUCGGAGCACCACCGCAUGUCUGCACACACGAGGAUACCAUUAAAAACAACCCGAAGGGCCAGAGCUGUGGUACCUGGAAGUGGCAAAGCCCGGGUGCUCUGGAGGCGAGGAGCAGAGCGGGCCGGCAGGAGAGGGCCGUGGGGUUGGGAGCGAGACACGCGUGACACCACAGCAAACAGCUGGAGGCCCGGUGCCCAGUCACUCCCGUGGUUGGCCCAGCCCAGCAUGCAGCCUUGAACCUGGCAUAGGCCACCACCUACUCCAGCUCUCUACACCCCCUAUUUGACUGUGACUCGGGGUAUAGGCUCUAAGUUCCAAGGUACCUGAAUAGCAUCUCUUUGUCAAGAACACCCCCGCAGCUCCAGAGGGCCCUGCGAAUCCUGCUGUCAGCUCUCUGAGAAGACAGCAUGGCUAUUACCUUGCAGCCCAGUGACCUGAUCUUUGAGUUUGCAAGCAACGGGAUGGAUGAUAUCCACCAGCUGGAAGACCCCUCAGUGUUCCCAGCUGUGAUCGUGGAGCAGGUACCCUACCCCGAAUUACUGCAUCUGUACUCAGGACUGGAGCUGGACGACGUUCACAAUGGCAUCAUAACGGAUGGGACCUUGUGCAUGACGCAGGACCAGAUCCUGGAAGGCAGUAUUUUGCUGGCAGAUGACAAUGAAGCAAACUCACAAACCAUGUCAACCACUGAAGUCUUGCUCAAUGUCGAGUCUCCCAGCGACAUCCUGGAUGAGAAGCAGAUCUUCAGCACCUCCGAAAUGCUUCCAGACUCAGACCCUGCUCCAGCUGCCACUAUGCCCAACUACCUGUUUCCUGUCCCUGAGCCUGAUGCCCUAAGUGGGGCAGGUGACACUGAUGACCAGGAGGGGCAUUGUUUGGAGGAGAAGGUCCCCAGAGAGGAAAGUGCCAAGAAGACUGGAAAAUCAAAGAAGAGAAUCCGGAAGACAAAAGGCAGCCGCAGUACCUCGCCUGUCACUGACCCCAGCGUCCCCAUCCGCAAGAAAUCGAAGGACGGCAAAGGCAGCACCAUCUACCUGUGGGAGUUCCUCCUUGCGCUGCUGCAGGACAGGAACACCUGCCCGAAGUACAUCAAGUGGACCCAGCGAGAGAAAGGCAUCUUUAAGCUGGUGGACUCCAAAGCUGUGUCCAAGCUGUGGGGGAAGCAGAAAAACAAGCCCGACAUGAACUAUGAGACGAUGGGGCGGGCGCUGAGAUAUUACUACCAAAGAGGCAUCCUUGCCAAAGUGGAAGGGCAGAGGCUGGUGUACCAGUUUAAGGAGAUGCCCAAGGACCUGGUGGUGAUUGAAGAUGACGAGGAGAGAAGUGAAGUCACGGCGGCCUCCCCUCAGGCCCCCACUCCCUCCACCUCCUCCAGCAGCAGCACCCGCCGAGCCAGCUCCAGGGUCUCAGCCAGAGCUGCUCCACCAGGCAAGGGAGGCCCUUCCUGGGAGAAGCCAAAGGUUCAGAACGUUGGCUUACAGCCGUCUGCGAACCUGGAACUGGGACUGUCUGUAGAUGAGGAGAUCCCCACUACCUCCACCGUGCUGGCCUCUCUGCCAGAGAGCCAGGCCAAACUCACCAAAGCCGGGAGUGCUUCUUCACUGGCCAGCAACAUCCACCUAGGAGUGGCCCCAGUGGGGUCAGGCUCAGCCUUGACCCUGCAGACAAUCCCACUGACCACAGUGCUGACCAGCGGGCCUCCGGCCAGUACUCCUGCUUCAACACAGCUUGUUCUCCAGAGUGUUCCGCCUGCUUCGACUUUCAAGGACACCUUCACUUUGCAGGCCUCCUUCCCCCUGAACACCAGCUUCCAAGAAAGUCAGGUGGCAGCACCAGGGGCUCCACUGAUUCUUAGUGGUCUCCCCCAACUCCUGGCUGGGGCCAACCGUCCGACCAACCCAGUGCCAUCCUCCGUCGCAGGGGCUGGACCGGCAGGGCCCAGCUCUCAGCCCCCUGGGACUGUCAUUGCUGCCUUCAUCAGGACUUCCGGUGCCACCGCAGCCUCUGGGGUCAAGGAGGGGCCACUGAGGCCCUCCUCGUAUGUGCAGGGCAUGGUGACUGGAGCCCCCAUGGAGGGGCUGCUGGUUCCUGAAGAGACCCUGAGGGAGCUCCUGAGGGAUCGGGCUCACCUUCAGCCACUUCCAACCCAGGUGGUUUCAAGGGGUUCCCACAAUCCGAGCCUUCUGGGGAACCAGACUUUCUCAUCUCCCAGCCGCCCCACUGUUGGGCUGACCCCAGUGGCUGAACUUGAGCUCUCCUCAGGCUCAGGGUCCCUGUUUAUGGCUGAGCCUAGUGUGACCACCUCUGGGAGCCUGCUGACCAGAUCCCCAACCCCAGCCCCCUUCUCCCCGUUCAACCCCACUUCUCUGAUUAAGAUGGAGCCCCAUGACAUAUAAAUGAAGGGAUCGGGGGAAGUGUGCCUCACCAGGCCAAGUUGAGCAGCGUUUUUAUGUGGACUUCCUAUAGCAGAGACUGAAGCAGGACACCUGCCCUUACUUUUCGGUGGGAUCUCAGUACACCAGAUGCCCUGUCCCUGACCCCUGCCCAGUGUCACCAUGGCCAAGCCAUGCCCAGUUUGAGCGUCCCUGGCGUCAGACCAUGGCCUUCAAGAGCACUAGGGGAUAUGCUCUUGUCAGGGUAAUGGGCUGACUGGGUGAUGGAGGGAGUACCUCCUGAGAAGUUUGUGGCCAGGGCCAAUGCAGGGGCUCCGCGGGGGCAGUCCUUUUGUGGGGCUGUUUCACCGUCUGCGUUCCCUCCACAGGGAAUUUCCUAUCCCAUAUGUGAAUAUCUCUGUAUGUAUUUGUGUGUACUCGUGGGUCUGUAUCUUGGUUUCUUUGGGGAGGACGGGGGUGUAGCUGUGAGGUCUUCAAGGGUGUGUGUCUCUGUGGGUCAGCUGCAGAGAUGGGGAUUUUUUUUUUUUAAGGGAAAGCAUUUCUCUAGUUCCCUUUGGACAAACCAUUCAGUUGCCCUGAGGCUGUGGGGUACAGGCUGGAUCCCCCAAAUUGGGAGAGAUGUCACAGAGCUGGAGCAGAUCCAGGGUAGGAGAAUUUCUAUGGGCAUGUGUGCUGGGGAAGACGGAGUUCAAAGGGACAGGGUCAGACCCGGAUACGAAGUCCCCACACAGGGCUGGAUUAAUUGAAUGUUUGUGCCAAGGGCCUGAGCUAUAAUACCAGCCUUCACUGGCACAUUGGCCUAUCCCCCCUGAUCCGGGGAUCCCUCUUGAUGAGUUUCCCCCCAGUAUCUCCCUGCUGUCCAGCAUGGCUGGGGUAGUCGUGUAACAGUGGACACUGGGGCUGCCUCCCUUCCUGCUCGUGCGUGCCUGCUGCUCAGCCUGCCUUCUACUCACCUUGUAGGUUUGCCAACCCCCCACGAUGGCUACCACAGACCUCGAGUGGACCGUUGGCCCUCAUCUCCAACUCUUGCACCUAGCCCUCACUCGUACACCGAGAAGACAGGAGCCAGCAGAUGUGAGCCCCCAUGACACUUCUGUCUCUACAUGGUUCCCUGCUUCCCUCUUUCCUCUUUGCGAGGACAUUUUAACCUAUCCUCUCUUAAGUGAACCCCUCGGCUUCACUCCUCCUUCCCCUUCUUGGAAUUAGCUUGCCUCUCUCCAGCCAUAUUUGGGGGCAGGCUAAGAGCUAAGGCAUGUCAGCCUCAGAAAGGAUUCUGUGAUCUGGUGAAUUUGGUUAAUGUGAAUCAGUGCCCCAGGACUUUGGCUAUGUUCUCAGUAGAAAACCAUCCACUUGACCCAACUAUUGUCCCAGGUUGUUUGAUCUCUCCUUCUGGUCGCUGCCUAGGCUGUGCUCUCUCCUGCUCUCUUCUUGUUCUUCCUCCUCUCCCUGGAAUGGAACCAUUUUUGGGUGUGCAGGUGUAUUUAUUACACGUCUCCAGCACUUGGCAUUAAAAUGACUUUUUCUAAUCUAAUCUGUUCAUGAUGACAAAUUCCUGAUGGUGAAAGUGAAACAUCCCGCGAAAGAGUCUCCUUCAAAAAAAAAAAAAAAACAUUGCACAAAGGCACUGCAUGAGAUAGGGGUGGCCCUAUCCACAAAUUUCACAGAACUCAUCAUCUGAAGGUCACUGAUACCGUUACCAUGACAUCAAAUGUCUUCUUCACAGUUCUCAGUCCCCGUGAGCCCUGGCGGCUCUCGUGACACUACUUGCAACCCCCCUCCUGCAGCGGUCGCACCCUGGUACCUCUUGGUCGAGGAGCCGUUCCUGUGCUGGCGUCACACCUGCCGCUCUAAGUGUGGGCGCCCCCCAUGGCUUUCUUCCGUUCUUCUGGCUCUGGCUUGGCUCUUUGGGGACGGGUCUGAAGUCAAGAGCGGCAGCCCCUACUUUUCUCCUCUGCUCCUGCUUCCAUUUCUAGCAGCCAGCUGGACAUUUCCAUCCAGAUGCCUAUCGUACCUCAAAGACAGCCCCUCUAUCAAAAAUGGAUUUUUUAAAAAUGGAUUUUAAAGUCUUCACACACACACACACACACACACACACACAUAACCUUUCCCCUCAAAAAACAAACAAAAAGCUGUCAUGACUUGCCUACUUCUGUUCACUGUACCACCAUUUUCCCGACCUUCUAAGCUUGACAUUUCAGAGCCAUCUGAUGGCUGCCUUCAUUUGACCCUGUCCCCUCCCCCAUCUCCUGAAGUCCAGGCCGUUUGCCGUGUCUCUGAAAUCUCGCCUUUCUUCCACAUUCCCGGAGCCUGCAGACCAGCUCAGACUUACCUAGAGCUCAUCCCCCCUCCCAGACGCAUCAGCACACACCACCGUGUGACCUGUCUCAUCCCCUCCGAUCUGCCAGGGCCCCAGUUCUGUUCUUUCUCCGCUAAAAGCCUUCAGUGGCUCCUCAUUGCCUGUAGGUAGGAGUGAUACUCAAAAUACUAAGCCUCCAAUCUGUUUCAGGCAGCUGGGCAUUAACCCUGUAUUUGCUGAAUCUCGAGGCAGUCCAGGGGUCCUGGAGGAGGGAGGAGGGAGCACUUUAUGGCUCAGAGCUGUAAUUCCAAAAGCAAGGUCCCAAGUCACUGACCUGGCAAGGCCUUCACCAUGAGGUCCCAACUGACUUCCCCAGUGGUCGCUCACUUUGUUUCCCUGACCCCCAAAGUACUGCUCCAGUCAGAGUUAGGGAUUUGCUGGCCUUUCAGCUUGCCUCUGUUCGAAGUUUCCCACCUUUGUGGUUUUGCUUUACUUGGUUCUGCUCAACCAGAAUGCUCUGCGCACCCUGCUAGUACUGAUUAAAUCGUAUCCAUCCUUUAAGACUUGAUUUGUGGAAGCUGCUUCCCCAGACCAGCCCUACCCUUGCGUGAGUUCUUCAUUUUAAAUUCGUGGCAAUUGCCACUCUUUGGGCAACUGAUCGCGAACAGCCUGUGACAUCUCCUCUGUUAUAAUCACAAACUGUUACUUAAAUCUUCAAUGACCUGGACCUAUUGUGUCUCCCCAGUUCGUGUGUUACCUUCUGAGGGGCAGGGGGGCCGUAUCACCCAAAGAGCAGGGCACACAAUGAAGCAUCUAGUGAGCACCAGCGAAUAUUACUGAUUGAGCUGGUGAGAGAUGGGGACCGUCUGAGGCUAGUGACCUCUGACCUCCCCUCUGCACAGGCACUCACCCCAGGUGCUCCACUGCCCAGGGCCAGCCCUCCCUGGCUCAGUGCCCUCAUGGUACCCCCACUCCCAACCUUGCACCCAAGAGUUGUUACUACUUUGAACAUCCCCUGACCCUAAAGAAACUUCCCUGUCCAGUUUCUUUUCCUAAUACAAAGUGUUAAAUUAGCUAAUCGGGUCAACUAACCUGUGCUGAUCUAGUUAUGGGAGAGGGCUGGAGGAGAGCCUCAGGAGACAGGUUCAUGUUCACCAGAGUCAUGUGACAGCAACGUCCUUGCCUUUGCCAUGGUGUAUGGAGUCAGGAGACAUGCUCCUCACCGCCUAGCAGCGGAUGUAUUGCUCCUUCCUCUGGGCUCCCACAGCACUUUGUGUAUACCUCUUAUUGUAGCACUUAGCACAUGGUCGCUCCUUAGCUGUGUGUUUAUGUAUGUUGCCCCUCCAACAGACUGUGAGCUCCUCAAGGACAGGGACUGUGUGUUAGUCACUGAUGUAUCCCCAGCGCCUAGCACAGUGCCUAGCACACAGUAGGUGCUCAAUAAAUGUUUAUCGAAAGAA